GGCUUUCUUCUUAGGAAACUGGAUCCAUUCUAGCCACUGCAGCAGCCGGGCCAGUGAGGUCGUGCUGGACAGACGGAAGUUGCGUCAAUUUCUCCCUUUUUCGCUCGAUUUGAAGGUUAAUUUACACUUGAGAAGACUACGUGAGUAAGAAAAGAGCAAACAAGAUGGGCAACACAGUCUCAGCAGCACACAGCACAGCCACAACACUCACCAGCUUGGCGCUCGGAGAAGGAAAGGGCAUGCUCAUUGAGAGCCACCCAGAAAUCACCAAGGACAUGGCACCUGCUGAGUGUCCCAUGCACCAGGAAGCAGCUCAGGCCCCUGCCCCUCCCAAACAGUGUCCUGUCGAUCACACCAAGAUGAGUGCCGAGGCUGCCCCUCCCAAGCAGUGUCCUGUCGAUCACACCAAGAUGAGUGCUACCCAUUCCCAGAAGGCCCAUCACAUUCCCCCAGGCACCGUCAUCCCCUCCGAGUGCCCAAUGCAUCAGAAUAACCAGGAGCAGCAGGCAUUCCCCAGUGAGUGUCCAAUGAGUGCCAACCCAGAUGGGGAGUGGCCUGUCCACCAGGCAGGCAUGCACUUGGGCAAAGAGCAUGCAGGCAAGUAUGUAGAUAUCAACCCCCUCAACCUGGAGUCCUACCCGAACCAGAAGCCGGCCCCUGACCAGCCCUUCGAGUUGCCCACUGAGAGACAGGUGUCAACCAUCCCGAAAGCAGGUUCAGAUUCGGAGCACUGGGUUUACCCUUCCCCACAGAUGUUCUGGAAUGCCAUGCUAAGGAAGGGCUGGAGAUGGAAGGACGAUGACCUUUCACAGAAAGACAUGCAACACAUCAUCAGCAUUCACAAUGUCAACAAUGAACUGGCUUGGCAAGAGGUCCUAAAGUGGGAAUCCCUCCACAAAAAUGAGUGUGGGAACCCCAAGCUGAAGCGUUUUGGUGGCAAGGCAUCAGACUAUUCUCCCCGGGCUCGCAUGAGGAGUUGGAUGGGAUAUGAGCUGCCUUUUGACCGCCAUGAUUGGAUUGUCGACCGCUGUGGCAAGGAAGUACGCUAUAUCAUUGACUACUAUGAUGGAGGCGAUGUGAACCCUAAUGACUAUAAGUUUGCAAUCCUAGAUGUCCGGCCAGCAAUGGACUCGUGGGAGAACAUCUGGGACAGGAUGGUGGUUGCUUGGUGGCGCUGGACAAGAAGUUAGACUGAGGUUAUGAGAAAGAGAGAGAAAAGUCAUGUUUUUCCUGUAUUUUUUUAGUCUCUCUCCCUCUCUUAAUAGGUAGGUUUAUUUAUAUCAGAAAGCAAAUGGAGUGAAGUGUUCAUAGGAAAUAGAACCUGUCUGAGGAAGGCCUUUUCCUUCUCAAUUGAUAAGUGAAGUUCUGUUUUUUUUUUUCUUCUUUUUUUAAAUAGUGGGAAUGAUUAUGAGACUUAUAAGGAUUUUGACUUUCAUAGUACUAGGUAUAUUUGUGCUUACUAAGUAAACUUUUUUUCUGUAUCUUUACCUUAGUUAAGAGUAUCCAGAAAUAGUAUUUCAAGUACAAAAUUUAAGUUUAGUACUUCACAUGAAAAUUACAUAUUCUAAAAGUUUUGAGGAUAAAGUGCGUUCAUUAAUCUCUGAGUGAAGGAUCUGGUAUGUAAGUUGUAAUGAGUUUUGAUGGGUUUUAUGCUUAUAGCAAUUUUGAGACUGCUUACUCUUGUUCCAGAUGACAAAUAGGGAUCUGUUAGAAAGAAAGUAUGUACCUUCAGUUUUUUUUUGUUUUUUUUUUCUGGAUUUUUCUCGGUUUAACUUGGUAUUUGUGCCUAAUGUACUUGAUUACAGUCAUACAAAUUGAAAGCCAAAUAAAGAGUUGUAGUUAAAUUCUUGUUAAUAGAUAUGUGUAUAUACUGUGUACAGAUUUAACAGUUAAGUAAAGUUUUAAAUUUC